AUGGAUAAUUUGCUGUAUUACGUCCUGUUGCAGAACAACAGCAUCCAACCUAUAAUUGUAAGACAACCAUCGGCUGUAAUUAUCCAUACUCAACCAAAACUACCUGUCACUUUGGACUUACCACCGCAGAAUAUUAUUUUAAAGAGUGAAGAUCCACAGCCUAUAAUAGUACGACAACAAAACCCGAAUAUCAUAAUUCAGAAACCUUACCACGAGUUUUACAAUAAUAACAGUGCUGUUAACAAUCACUGCAGUAGUGCUAACAAUCACUGCAGUAGUGCUAACAAUAGCUUCGGUAGUGCUAACAAUAGUUUCGCUAGUGCUAACAAUAGUUUCGCUAGUGCUAACAAUAGCUCCAAUGGUGCUAACAAUGGUAAUAUCAAUUUUUCGAUAACUGAAAAUGGUAAGUUAAAUGACCUCAGUGCUACUAUGUAUAAUACUAAUACAAUAGAACAGGCAGUUAAAGAGAAUAUAAACGGAAUAAAUACUAUUCAACAUAUUGCCCCAUUUGAUCCCUCAUACGUAUAUAACAAUCACAAUGGUAUAUAUGAAAAUAAAGCAGUACCUACCGACAGUGUGUAUUAUGGCAAUGUUACUCUAAAUAACGAAAAAGAUUACACACCUUACAAUACGAUUUUAUAUGAGAAAAAACAUGCUGACUAUGUUAAUAUCCCUUCGAAAUAUUAG